CUCUCUCUCUCUCUCUCUCUCUCCCUUCAAAGGCUCCUCUCUGCUACAUGGGGACGAUAGCUCCUGCACAUGAGACCCCCGCCCCCAUGAGUAUCAACCGCCCAAAACCCGCAAAGGAAGACGCAAUCGACGACUGGCUUCCAAUCACCUCCUCCCGAGAUGCCAAAUGGUGGUACUCAACAUUCCACAACGUCACCGCCAUGGUCGGCGCCGGAGUUCUCGGCUUGCCUUACGCCCUCUCCGAAUUAGGAUGGGGGCCAGGAAUCGCAGUCCUCGCCCUGUCCUGGCUCAUAACUUUAUACACCCUAUGGCAAAUGGUGGAGAUGCACGAAAUGGUCCCCGGAAAGCGAUUCGACCGUUACCACGAGCUCGGGCAGCACGCCUUCGGCCAACGCCUUGGCCUCUACAUCGUCGUCCCCCAACAACUGGUCGUCGAAAUCGGCGUCUGUAUCGUCUACAUGGUCACCGGCGGCAAAUCCCUCAAAAAGUUCCACGACACAGUCUGCCCCGACUGCAAAAACAUCAAACUCACUUACUUCAUCAUGAUCUUCGCCUCCGUCCACUUCGUCCUCUCGCAGCUCCCCAACUUCAACUCCAUCUCCGGCGUCUCCCUCGCCGCCGCCGUGAUGUCCCUCAGCUACUCCACCAUUGCCUGGGGAGCUUCGGUGGACAAGGGGAAGCAGGAAGGUGUGGAGUAUGGCUACAGAUCUCACAGCACGGCCGGGACGGUGCUCAGUUUUUUCAGCGCUUUGGGAGACGUGGCGUUUGCUUAUGCUGGGCAUAACGUGGUUCUGGAGAUUCAGGCGACUAUUCCUUCCACGCCGGAGAAGCCGUCGAAGAAGCCGAUGUGGAAAGGGGUGGUGGUGGCGUAUAUCAUAGUGGCGGUUUGCUAUUUUCCGGUGGCGAUUAUUGGGUAUUGGGCGUUUGGGAACGCGGUGGAGGAUAAUAUUCUGAUCAGUCUGGAGAAGCCGCGGUGGCUGAUUGCGAUGGCUAAUAUGAUGGUGGUGGUUCAUGUUAUUGGGAGCUAUCAGAUCUAUGCCAUGCCGGUUUUCGAUAUGGUUGAAACUGUGCUCGUGAAGAAAUUGCGUUUUCCUCCUGGGGUUGCUCUUCGUUUGAUUGCGCGGAGCACUUAUGUUGCUCUCACCAUGUUCAUUGGUAUGACCUUCCCAUUCUUUGGUGGACUACUCGGCUUCUUUGGAGGUUUUGCGUUUGCACCAACGACAUAUUUUCUUCCUUGUGUCAUGUGGCUUUGUAUUUACAAGCCCAGAAAGUUCAGCUUAUCUUGGAUUGCUAAUUGGAUUUGCAUCAUUUUGGGGCUUCUGUUGAUGAUUUUGUCGCCUAUCGGUGGCUUAAGACAAAUCAUUAUUAAUGCAAAAACAUACAAGUUUUACUCUUAAGCUUUAAAAUAAAGAUUGAGGCUGAUGAAAUUUAACAGCUUUUUUUCAUGUUGAUGGCAUGUUGAAAGGUAGAAAGUACGUGCUUGAACAGAAAUGUGUUUGAAUGCUGGCAGAGAUGUUUUCCGUCACUUAUAAAAGAUUAUGUUGGCUUGUUUAUGAAGGUGGAAGAAGAUGACCAAGGUAGAAAUGUUAAGAGAUAGAAUUAUUAUUAAGUGUGUGUUUCUCUCUCUCUCUCUCUCUCUCUCUCUCUCUCU